AUGCCACCGAGACCACGAACUACCCGCGCUGGACCCAUCUUUCGCGUGCGAACUGGGUGCUUAACGUGCCGAGGCCGAAAGAAAAAGUGCGACGAGACGAAGCCGUGCUGUCGUGGCUGCCAACGCAACGGGUUCGAUUGUCAAUGGCCGGCCCCAGCGACGGCCCGUAGCAGUCAUCCGGCCCCGGAUCGGGCAGCCUCUUCGUCCGGUGCCGCGCGGCAAAGACCCGGCACUGCUGCUGCUGCUGCUCGGUCCUCCAAAUCACCCGAAGCGAACAUGGCUGUUGCCUCAGUGCCACAAUCAGCGUUCCCGUCCGAGGAGCUGCCGUCGAUAUCAAGUUCCCAGCCAACGUCACAUGCUACUAACGGGUUUCAACAGGACGACAUCCUCGAGCCUCUUGCCGCCCACGAGAGCCCUGUUGAUUUCGCUGCGGCACUAGGUUCUCUAUGUUUCCCAACCGCCUCAGACGUGUGUCAUGAUGGCGAGCUUCUGGACGACAGCCUGCUCACACCACUAAGAACACUACCGAUCCCCGAGGGUCAGGUUCCGAGGCAACUGUCUUUCAUGCCCGGAAUCACUGACAGCAGCUCGAUGGACCUGUUGAGCCACUACCUAGGCGUGACAACAGUCAGCAUGGCCAACGGGUCGACGCCGGAUAACCCUUUCUGCGUACAGUUGAUCCCGCUGGCGUUUGGCAGCGACCUCGUGCUGCAGUUGCUCCUGACGCAGAGUGCCGUUCACAGAGCGUCCAAGUCUGUGUGCAGCAGAGACCGGGUCGCGGAUCAAUACUACGGCCGGUCGAUUCGUCUAUUCCAGCGAAGUCUCUCUAGCUUUAUUGGCGGGCAGCCGCUCGAGCAAAAGCUGACGAUGGGCAUUGGUGCCCUGAUCCUAUGCUUUAUCGAGACAGCGAAAGGAGACAUCAGUGGCGCCGUAUUUGAUCACCUCAUGGCAGCCCAGCCGCUCCUUCUUCCUUCGUUGACCCUCGACAGCCAACUACCCAAAGGCCUCAAGGAUUUCUUGACCGAAUAUUACGUCUACACGGCAACGCUGAGCAUGAUUUCUAUCGACGCUCGCAUAAGCGACCAGCUGUUUCUCAUUGGCGACCUGAUACCGCUGGCGAGGGAUCUAGUAGCGACAUCCUAUAUCGGAAGUAUGUGUGGCUGCUGGCUCGACCUACUGCUCCUGAUACCACCCAUUUUCGAACUCGCUCGCCAACUGUCGUCUCAUGCAGAAGACACGGAUUGGCGACCGUCGGCCAACGACUUCUUCGUCUUUGCUCAGCUCCAGAGGCAGAUUCAGGACUGGACACCGAAUCUAGCAGCCAGUUCUGAUGUUGUCGUCCUUGUCGGCUACAUAUAUCAAAAAGCAAUCCUGUUGUACUUGUAUACAGCGCUCUAUCCUCUUCCACGAGACGACGACAACGACCUUCAUAAUGAGAAUAAUGAACAUGAGGAUAAUUUAUCAGUAAAAAUGACCCAAGCGGCCCUUUCCGAAGCCCUUGCGAAUCUGGCACAGCUGCCUCCGAGCGUCCAGAUCAACACAAGCCUAUGCUGGCCCAUCGCUGUGGUCGGGUCAUGCGUGGUAGACCAGGAGCAGCGGAGUUUCCUCCGCGAGCGACUCGAGCACACGUUCUCUGUCAUUGGACUGGGCAACAUUCGUCAGACGUCGAGGCUGCUUCAGCACAUGUGGGAAGAACGUGAUGGAGGGGGAGGAACCGUUGGAUCGGGACCGUGGAGUAUAUGCCGCGUGAUGAACGAACGGCAGUUCUGGAUUUCCUUUGCUUGA